AUGAUCGGAGCUGCCGCGGUCUCUAUUCGAGCAGGUAGGACCGCCAGGAAGCACCUAGGAACGGAACUGGACUCUACGGUCUACGUGGGGGAGUUGGAAGGGGCCCGAAUGGCCCUGCAUCGGGCGAAGCCUACCCCGAUCACGGUCUUCUCAGAUAGCCAGGCAGCUAUUCAAGCCGUGCGCAACCCUGGCCAGCCAUCAGGCCAGUACGCACUGCGGGCUAUCUACGGGAGGAUUAGGGCCCUGCGGAGCGAGGGCCUGAAGGAUGCUGAACUGCGUUGGAUCCCCGCUCACAUCGGGGUGGAAGGAAACGAAAAGGCGGACAAGGCAGCCAAGGAGACUACAAUUAGAGGAGUUAAACUAAGCUCAGUGAGACCGCGGGAUCGACCGAUUAUACGGCUCGCAGCUGCAGCUAAAAGAGAUGUCCGCCAACGCUUGCGUACGGAGUGGACAAAGCAGUGGGAGAGGCAGAAAGUAGGCAGGCCGACGAGGCGACUGCUGUCUAAACCAGACAAGAAGAAUUUACGGCUCUACGAGCAUCUCAGUAAGCCGCACACCUCGAUUAUUAUUCAGAUGCGCACUAUGAGGAUAGGAUUAAGGCACUUCCUCUACAAGAUCGAACAGGUCGACUCCGACCGGUGCGCCUGUGACCUAAGGUCCCAGACCCCUAAGCACGUCCUUCUGGAGUGCUCGCUGCAUACGGCCGGCCAGAGGAUAAUAAUGGAUUACCUCAAUCAGAUAGAGAGACUGCGUAGGCGUAUACAGGAUUACGACGCGGUUAUGUCACACCCGCAGGCGAUCCGCUACGUCACCGAAUUUAUGCAACAAACAGGCCUCCUUCAACAAUUCAGAUUCGCUCGACUGGACGAGGAGGACGACGAGGAGGCUCCAGAACCUACCAACCUGCUAGAAGGUCUCGAACUAGGCGAGGAAGACGAUGGUUACAUGGAACUUUAG